AAGUCAUGGGCUCCUUCAGCACUACAGCACCACAGGGUGGGACCUCUGUGUCCAUGGCAGCGGUAUAACAACAGAUGGUGAGGUUGAGUGUUUGAGUCCAGCUGACCUGCACAGGGUGGGCGUGCAGGAGGGGGAGCAGCUGCGCGUCUCUGGAAGCUGCUGGAGCAUCACUUUGUUUGCAGCACCGCGGCUGGAGUUGGACUGAUGCUGCUGUAUCCACUUCUACAUUUCUUUUUCCUUUUUUUUUUUAACCAUCACUACUAUUUAGACACCAACACAGAAGCAGCAUAUUUUGCGCAUCCUCUGUGCGCUGAGGAGGCUGACUGUAGCCUGCAGCAUAUUUACACAGGAUACAGCGCUUCAUAGGUUGGGACUGAUCAAGCUUCAUCGACUACGUCCAGCUUAGUAAUCAUCAUUCUGGAACUACAGUUUUUUGGUUGUUGUUUUUAUUUUUUAUCAGCAAAGUACACUGAUGUUUGCAAGGCGUUCCUUUAUACUCCCCUUGUAAACGCAGCCUUGCUACUUAGCAAAUAUGGCAAUGGGCUCUCAGCUUUGCCCUCCUCCAAUUUUACUUUUUGUGGUAUUUCUUCUUGCUUCUCUACCACUGGCAAAUGGCAAAGAAUGUCCUCGUUUGUGUGUGUGUGAGAUCCGACCUUGGUUUACCCCCCAGUCAACAUACAAGGAGGCGAUGACUGUUGACUGCAAUGAUUUGAGACUGACACACAUACCUACUAAUCUCUCAGCAGACACUCAGGUGUUGCUGCUGCAAAGCAAUGCAAUCUCUCGCACCAAUGGAGAGCUGCAGGUUCUGGUAAACUUAACAGAGCUAGAUCUGUCCCAGAACAACUUUACAAUUGUUGAAGCUGUUGGCCUCACAAACAUGAAUCAUCUGACUACACUGCAUCUAGAGGAGAACCAAAUCAGGGAGUUGCCAGACCACUGCCUGGGAAAUCUCUCCAGCCUCCAGGAGCUCUACAUUAAUCACAACCAGAUUAGCUCUAUCUCCCCUCAUGCAUUUUCAGGUCUACGCAGUCUGCUGAGGCUCCACCUCAACUCAAACAGGCUUCAUGUGAUAGACAGCCGCUGGUUUGAGGAAACCCCAAACCUUGAGAUCCUCAUGAUUGGGGAAAACCCAGUUAUUGGUCUACUGGAUAUGAACUUCACACCUCUGGGAAAAUUAAGAAGUCUGGUUCUGGCUGGCAUGGAUCUUACUGAUGUUCCACCAAAUGCAUUUGUUGGUUUAGACAACCUCGAGAGCAUUUCUUUUUAUGAUAACAAACUGGUCCGAAUCCCCCAAUUAGCCCUACAAAAAGUUCCCAAUUUGAAAUUCCUGGACUUAAACAAAAAUCCAGUUAAGAAAAUUCAGGAAGGAGACUUCAGAAACAUGCUUAGCCUUAAGGAGUUGGGCAUCAACAACAUGAUGGAGUUGGUGUCCAUUGAUCGUUAUGCUCUGGACAACCUACCAGAACUGACUAAACUGGAGGCCACCAAUAAUCCAAAACUUUCAUACAUACACAGAUUGGCAUUUAGGGACAUGCCCUCUCUGGAGAGCCUGAUGCUCAACAAUAAUGCUCUGACUGCUCUUUACCAGCACACUGUGGAGGUCCUGCCCAACCUGCGAGAGAUCAGUAUUCACAGUAAUCCACUGCGCUGCAACUGUGUGAUUCAAUGGAUGAGUUCCAACAGAUCCACAGUGCGGUUUAUGGAGCCUCUAGCCAUGCUCUGCACUGCCCCAACAGAGCUCAGAGGCCAACGAGUCAGAGAGUUCAGGCUGCUGGAGUCCACAGAGCAAUGCCUUCCUCUCAUUUCCCACGACACAUUCCCAAGCCACUUGAACCUUGACUUAGGAAUGAGCAUCAGCCUGGACUGUCGGGCAAUGGCUGAACCGGAGCCUGAAAUCUACUGGGUGACCCCACUCGGUGCCAAAAUUACAACAGACACUGUGUCUGAGCGGUACCACCUAAGCAGUGAGGGGACUCUGCGAUUGUCUCAUGUUCAGGUGGAAGACUCUGGGCGGUACACAUGUGUGGCACAGAACCCAGAAGGUGCUGACACCUGGGUCUCCACAAUUCGUGUCAAUGGGACCUUGCUUGACAGCACUCAGGUGAUGAAGAUUUAUGUCAAGCAGACAGAGUCUCAUUCCAUCUUGGUCUCCUGGAAAGUCAACUCGAACGUCCUGUCCUCAAACCUGAAAUGGGCCUCUGCCACCAUGAAAAUUGACAACCCGCAGAUCACAUACACAGCUCGUGUUCCUGUAGAUGUUCAUGAAUACAAUCUCACGCAUCUUCAACCUGCUACAGAAUAUGAAGUAUGCCUCACAGUGUCCAACGUCCACUUGCAGACGCACAAGUCCUGCGUCAAUGUCACAACCCGCGGCGCCACUUUUUCCCUGGACCUGUCAGAUCAGCACCCAAGCGUAGCCGUACUGGCCGUCAUGUCGACUGCAUUAGCCUUUCUCAGCCUGGCCACUGGGGCCAUCUACAUGGCCCGCAGGUGGAAGAGAAAAAACUACCACCACUCGCUGAAAAAAUACAUGCUGAAGACCUCGUCCAUUCCGCUUAAUGAGCUCUACCCUCCGCUCAUUAAUCUCUGGGAGGCUGAUGGUGAGAAGGACAAAGAUGGCAGCACAGAGGGGAAACCUUCCCCAGUCGACACCACACGCAGUUAUUAUAUGUGGUGAGGGUAUUUUUAAUGAGGCCUAACGCCUCACUAGCAGCACAAUAAGACACUCUUUUGCCAUAUUGGUGCAAAAGUAAGACGAGUGUUUUUUUUGUAUUUUUAGCUUUGCUAUUAAGAGGCAGAGUGAUCGAGUGCAGGAUUUAUAUUAGUAUAGCGUAUCGCCUUUGUUUAUGUAACUAUUUUUUCUUAACUCUCCAAAAUGGCAGCUGUAUUUAGCCUUCAUAUAUACUUAGUUGCUUUUCUCUGUUUCUGUAGUGCAUUUUGAACUUACCUUCUUUCUGUGUUAAUCAUUCAAAAGCAGGGAGUUGAACCUUUUGUAGAAAUACUGUAAGUUGUUCUCUUCUUGUUUUGUAAACAAUUAACCCGCUGUGCACUGAUAGAUGAAGGGGUUUGUGAGAGCCUCAAUUUAAAGCAGACUGCAGGGUUUAGACGCAGUAAACUGUCUAAUGGAUGUUUGCGGUUGUGCAGUAAUGUUGUAUCAACUAUAAAUUUAAACUUUUUGAUCCAUGAUGUAAGGAAUUAGGGAAUUUAGUUUGGUUAAAAUGUAAUGUUAAAGUUAUAGAACAAAGAAUGUUUCUUUUGAAAUUUUCUCAAUGGGUGCACUAGAGAAUGUUUUGACAUUACUCCAAUGUUUUGACCAGAUUUUGUUUUGUUUACUAAUUGCGUAGUUUAUCAUCCACACAUGUAAUAUGUAUACUUAAGUAAUG